GUGACUGAGAACAUUAUAGACUGGAUUGUUCGCUGAGUUGAGAGACUGAGUUGUGAUUGAGUGAAACAUAGACAACGAAAUAUUGAAGAAUUGCACUUUUAUUUUAGUGACUGUACAUAUGCCUUGUUUCCUGGGUCCGCGGGAAGCAUGAGUCUGUUGGGACUUGGGACAAGAAGAAAACAAGACUUCUUCACAAGGAAAACCAGACACUAACAAAAGGAACCCCAAGGUCUGAAGAGAGAGAACACAACCAUGGCAGACAGAGGACCUGGGGACCCGCCGAAGGACUCUCAAAAGGAUUUGAAAAAUGACCCAUCAAUAAAUUCUCAGGCACAGGAGACCACAGUCACGGCAAGUACCACCAAAGAAGCUCAGAUCCUGAGCCCUGCCUCUGGUCUCAACAAGGACCACCAAGAAGUAGAAACAAUAGGUUCAGGAAGUGCAGAUACAAGUAAUCAAUCAGAAAGUCCAGAUGAAGCAAGUUAUGGAAACUAUCCAAAGGACAAAACAGAACUCAAGACCAACCAGAGUUUUCAGGAUGGCAAACUAGGGCAUCAACUCUCCUCAAAAAGUCUGAGUAAAGAAUCCUUGCAUCUUGAAAGUGUGGGCGAAGAAUCCUUGCAUCCUGAAAGUGUGGGUGAAAAAUCCUUGCAUCCUGAAAGUGGGGGUGAAAAAUCCUUGCAUCCUGAAAGUGUGGGUGAAAAAUCCUUGCAUCCUGAAAGUGUGGGUGAAGAAUCCUUGCAUCCUGAAAGUGUAGGUGGAAAAUCCUUGCAUCCUGAAAGUGGGGGUGAAAAAUCCUUGCAUCCUGAAAGUGGGGGUGAAGAAUCCUUGUAUCCAGAACCCAGCUGUUGUCCAAGUGAAGAGGUAGGAAGAGCAGAUGCACAAUUAGGGAGCAGCUCCGUAGACCUCCCUGAGGAAGCAAGCAACAGACCUGAAGCUUCACAGAAGCCACUUGCCGUAGACCCCCAGGGUGUCCGGGGUCCUGAUCAUUCCAGUGCAGGGCCGGAGAGCCAGGGUACACGGCGGAGGCGACUGGUGGAACCAGAAGCUGAAAGUCAUCAACAGGAAAUACAAACAUUAGAAGAAAAUAAAGAGGAUGCACAGGACGCCAUAAGAAAGAGUAAUAAAAAGGAUUUUUGGAGCUAUGGUCCCUUCUUUCUUGGCUUCCUGGUGGUGGCUUUUGUUUUGCUAAGCUCCGCUCAAAGCUACUAUUCCUCUCCAGCACAGCAGGUGCCCCAAAAUCCAGCGUUGGAAGCCUUCCUGGCUCAGUUCAGCCAGCUGAAGGACACGUUUCCGGGCCAGAGCGCUUUUCUGUGGCAGAGAGGACGCAAGUUUCUCCAGAAGCACCUCAAUGCUUCACACCCCACCGAGCCGGCCACCAUCAUCUUCACAGCAGCUCGAGAGGGAAGAGAGACCCUGCGGUGCCUCAGCCAUCGCGUGGCGGACGCCUACACCUCUUCCCAGAAAGUCUCUGCCAUUCAGAUUGACGGGGCGGGAAGAACCUUGCAGGACAGUGACACGGUCAAGCUACUGGUGGACAUGGAACUGAGCUCUGGGUUCGAGGAUGGCAGGAAGGCCGCCGUGGUGCACCGCUUCGAGUCCCUCCCCGCAGGCUCCACCUUGAUCUUCUACAAGUACUGCGACCACGAGAACGCGGCCUUCAAGGACGUGGCCCUCGUCCUGACCGUCCUCCUCGAGGAGGACACGCUGGCCGCCAGCGUGGGCCCCAGGGAGACGGAAGAGAAAGUGCGAGAUUUGCUCUGGGCCCGGUUUACCAACGCGGACACUCCCAGCUCCUUCAACCACAUGGACUCGGACAAGCUGAGCGGGCUGUGGAGCCGCAUUUCGCACCUGGUGCUGCCCGUCCAGCCCGUGAGGGCCAUCGAGGAGCAGGGCUGCCGGCUCUGAGCCAGGCGGGCAGCGGCGGUGGAAGUGAGGGGUUUAUUAAAGGCAGUUUAAAGGCCUUCCCUGUCUGUGGGAGGAAUGUGAGGAAAUCGCCUGAAAAGUACAAGUGGGCUUAUUUUAGGAAAAAAUCGUUUAUUUUUUACUUUUGGUAAAAAUUUUUCUAAUCUAAGCUUGACAAAGCUAAAAGCUGACCUGACUUUUUUUUUCUUUGCUUUUCAAGCAAAUCAGGUUUGAAAUAGAUAACAGAUAGGGU